AUGGGGAAUUCAAAUUAAAAAUUGUAAGAAGAGAAGUACGAGAAUGUGAUGAAGAAAUUCAAGUUGAAGGAGUCGAUUCAUCAUCACUAGUUGGGUAUGAUCAGAGUACACACUCUCAAAGAUGAUAAUAAUUAUUCUAUUUUUGAAUUUCAUAAGACUCCCACAACAUCAGAGGAAGCCAAACUUAUGUUAGCUCAUUACAAAAAUAGGAAAUGCUACAACAAUGACCAUCUUACAUAAAUAUUUUUCAUCUCUGAAUAACAUAGUCAAAUCUUAUGUUAGGAUCAAACUUAGUUAACAGUGAUUGGAGAAUUCUUUUACAAUAACAUCUAAAAUGAAAUGAAAACGAAUUAUUUGUCUAAAAAUUACAAUAAUACUACCUCGCAAUUUCCAGAAUCCAGAUUAUGGUAAAUAACACUUUAAAUUGUCAAUGCUUGCACAUUUUUGGAAAAGAACGGUAGACAUCAUGGUGAAAUUAAAUCUAAAAACAUCUAUUUGCAUCCUGAUCAAAGUGUGAAAUUAACGGAGUACAAUUUCAUCUAUGGGAGUAUGACUGGAUAUUAGAAGGCAUUGUUAUUGAAUGAAUUUCAAUAUCUCUCUCCUGAAUUACUGAAAGAAUUGAGAGCAAAUAAUUCAUCGCCAAACGUAGAUUUAAUCAAGGGCGAUGUGUUUGCUCUAGGAUUAACCCUGUUGGAAUUGGCUAGCCUUAGUUCCUCUGAAUAGUAUUAUGAUUGGGUUAAAAAGGAAGUUUAUGUAGAUAAAGUCAUCAAAGCCAAUGAUCAAUUAAUAACAGAGAGGCUAUUCAACACUUUUUACUAAUUUAAUUUACCAGAUGGUAUCAGAAGUGGAAAUCAGACCAAGAUUCAACGAUUUAAAGGAGGUGCUAUCUCAUUUCGAGAAUGA